CGGGCGGGCGGUGCGUUGUCAUCGGCGGAGCGACGGCCCGAGGCGGCGGCGCAGGCCCCGGCGGGGCGUUUGGUUUCGGUUCGUCGCUGACGGGAACUGGUGUUGACGGCUGAAAUGGGAGUCCCUAAGUUUUACCGGUGGAUCUCAGAGCGGUAUCCCUGCCUCAGCGAAGUAGUGAAAGAGCAUCAGAUUCCUGAAUUUGACAACUUGUACCUGGAUAUGAAUGGAAUUAUACAUCAGUGCUCUCAUCCUAACGACGAUGAUGUCCACUUCAGAAUUUCAGAUGACAAAAUCUUUACUGACAUUUUUCACUACUUGGAGGUGUUGUUUCGAAUUAUUAAGCCUAGAAAAGUGUUCUUUAUGGCUGUUGAUGGUGUGGCUCCUCGAGCAAAAAUGAAUCAGCAGCGUGGGAGGCGUUUUAGGUCAGCCAAGGAGGCAGAAGACAAAAUAAAAAAGGCCAUUGAAAAGGGAGAAACUCUUCCUACAGAGGCUAGGUUUGAUUCCAACUGUAUUACACCAGGGACUGAAUUCAUGGCCAGGUUACAUGAACACCUGAAGUAUUUUGUAAAUAUGAAAAUUUCCACAGACAAGUCAUGGCAAGGAGUUACCAUCUACUUCUCAGGCCAUGAGACUCCCGGAGAAGGAGAACAUAAAAUCAUGGAAUUUAUCAGAUCCGAAAAAGCAAAGCCAGAUCAUGAUCCAAACACCAGACACUGUCUUUAUGGUUUAGAUGCUGACUUGAUCAUGCUUGGAUUAACAAGUCACGAGGCACACUUUUCUCUUUUAAGAGAAGAAGUUCGAUUCGGUGGCAAAAAAGCACAAAGGGUGUGUGCACCAGAAGAAACCACAUUUCACCUCCUACAUUUGUCAUUAAUGAGAGAGUAUAUUGACUAUGAGUUUUCAUUAUUAAAAGAAAAAAUCACAUUUAAAUAUGAUAUUGAAAGAAUUAUAGAUGAUUGGAUCUUGAUGGGAUUUCUUGUUGGCAAUGAUUUUAUUCCUCAUCUACCUCACUUACAUAUUAAUCAUGAUGCACUGCCUCUUCUUUAUGGAACAUAUAUUACCAUCCUGCCUGAACUUGGGGGUUAUAUUAAUGAAAGUGGGCAUCUCAAUUUACCUCGAUUUGAGAAAUACCUUGUGAAAUUAUCUGAUUUUGAUCGGGAGCAUUUCAGUGAAGUUUUUGUGGACCUAAAGUGGUUUGAAAGCAAAGUUGGUAACAAGUAUCUCAAUGAAGCAGCAGGUAUCGCAGCAGAAGAAGCCAAGAACUACAAGGAAAAGAAAAAAUCAAAGGGCCAGGAAAAUUCUGUAUGUUGGGCUGCUUUAGACAAAAAUGAAAGUGAAAUGCUAGUUCCCAAGGAUAAUUUAGAAGAUGAGACUGAAGAUGAUGAUCUGUUUGAGACUGAGUUCAGACAGUACCGGAGAACCUACUACAUGACGAAGAUGGGGGUAGAUGUGGUAUCAGAUGACUUUUUGGCUGAUCAAGCUGUAUGUUAUGUUCAAGCAAUACAGUGGAUUUUGCACUAUUACUAUCAUGGUGUUCAGUCCUGGAGUUGGUAUUAUCCUUAUCAUUAUGCGCCUUUUCUAUCUGAUAUCCGAAACAUCAGUACACUCAAAGUCCACUUUGAACUAGGAAAACCUUUUAAGCCAUUUGAGCAGCUGCUUGCUGUACUUCCAGCUGCUAGCAAAAAUUUGCUUCCUGCAUGCUACCAGCAUUUGAUGACCAGUGAAGACUCACCGAUUAUAGAAUAUUAUCCACCUGAUUUUAAAACUGAUCUAAAUGGAAAACAACAAGAAUGGGAGGCUGUUGUAUUAAUACCUUUUAUUGAUGAGAAGAGAUUGUUGGGAGCCAUGGAGUCAUGUAACCAUGCCCUCAAAGAGGAAGAGAGGAAAAGAAACCGACACAGUGAGUGCCUAAUGUGCUGGUAUGAUAAAGACACAGAGUUCACCUACCCAUCUCCAUGGCCAGAAAAGUUCCCUGCCAUAGAACAUUGCUAUACAAGGUACAAAAUAAUAUCACUAGAUGCUUGGCAUGUAGAUAUAAACAAAAAUAAAAUAACCAGAGUUGACCAGAAGGCAUUAUAUUUCUGUGGAUUUCCUACUCUGAAACACAUCAAACACAAAUUUUUUUUGAAGAAAAGUGGUGUUCAAGUAUUUCAGCAAAGCAGUCGUGGAGAAAACAUGAUGUUGGAAAUCUUAGUGAAUACAGAAUCAAAUGAACUUAGUAUAGAAAAUGUAGCUUCAUCUGUGCUUGGAAAGUCUGUCUUUGUUAAUUGGCCUCACCUUGAAGAAGCUAGAGUUGUGGCUGUAUCAGAUGGAGAAACUAAAUUUUACUUGGAAGAACCUCCAGGGACUCAGAAGCUGUACUUUGGAAGAACUGCUCCACCAUCUAAAGUGAUCCAUCUUGGAGAUAAAGAGCAAUCUAGCUGGAUAAAAGAAGUACAGGGAAUAUCGGAACAUUACUUGAGAAGAAAAGGAAUAAUAAUAAAUGAAACAUCCACAGUUGUGUAUGCUCAGUUACUCACAGGUCGUAAAUAUCAAAUAAAUCAUAAUGGUGAAGUUCGUCUAGAAAAGCAGUGGUCAAAACAAAUCCUUCCUUUUGUUUAUCAAACCAUUGUCAAGGACAUCCGAGCUUUCGACUCUCGAUUCUCCAUUAUCAAAACAUUGGAUGAUUUGUUUCCUCCUGGAAGUGUGGUGUUCAUGCUGGGGACUCCUUAUUAUGGCUGCACAGGAGAAGUUCAGGUUUCAGGUGAUGUGAUCACAGAAGGCAGAAUUCGUGUGGUUUUCAGCAUUCCAUGUGAACCCAAUCUUGAUGCUUUAAUACAGAACCAGCAUAAAUAUUCUAUAAAGUACAACCCAGGAUAUGUGUUGGCCAGUCGCCUUGGAGUAAGUGGAUACCUUGUUUCAAGGUUUACAGGAAGUAUUUUUAUUGGAAGAGGAUCUAGGAGAAACCCUCAUGGAGACCAUAAAGCAAAUGUGGGUUUAAAUCUCAAAUUCAACAAAAAAAAUGAGGAGGUGCCUGGCUAUACGAAGAAAGUUGGAAGUGAGUGGAUGUACUCAUCGGCCGCAGAACAACUUCUUGCAGAAUAUUUAGAGAGAGCUCCAGAACUAUUUAGUUAUAUAGCCAAAAAUAGCCAAGAGGAUGUGUUCUAUGAAGAUGACAUUUGGCCUGGAGAAAAUGAGAAUGGUACUGAGAAAGUUCAAGAAAUUAUUACUUGGCUAAAAGGACAUCCUGUCAGUACUUUGUCUCGUUCAUCUUGUGAUUUACAAAUUCUGGAUGCAGCUAUUGUUGAGAAAAUUGAGGAAGAAGUUGAUAAGUGCAAGCAAAGAAAAAAUAAUAAGAAAGUACGUGUGACAGUGAAACCCCAUUUGCUAUACAGACCUUUAGAACAACAACAUGGAGUUAUUCCUGAUCGAGAUGCAGAAUUUCGUCUUUUUGACCGUGUUGUGAAUGUGAGAGAGAAUUUCUCAGUUCCUGUUGGCCUUCGGGGCACCAUCAUAGGAAUUAAAGGGGCUAAUAGAGAAGCUGAUGUAUUAUUUGAAGUAUUGUUUGAUGAAGAAUUUCAUGGAGGUUUAACAAUAAGGUGCUCACCUGGAAAAGGUUAUCGAUUGCCAACAAGUGCCUUGGUGAACCUUUCUCAUGGAAGUCGCUCUGAAACUGGAAAUCAGAAGUUGACAGCCAUAGUGAAACCACAGCCAGCCGUGAAUCAACAUACUGCGAAUUCCUCCGUUUCUGCUGGGAAUUUGGGAGGCCUCAACCAUUCCCCUCAAUCACUUUUUGUUCCUACUCAAGUACCCACUAAAGCUGAUGAUGAGUUUUGCAACAUUUGGCAGUCAUUACAAGGUUCCAGAAAAAUUGAACACUUUCAAACAACUCUACAAGGGAAGGGCACAGUUCUACCUCAAGAAGUCAGUCAAGUAACUCAACAGCAGAAAUCUGGCUUUAAUGAGAGCAGUGUGAAGUAUCAGCAAAGAAAACAUGACCCUCACAGAAAAUGUAAAGAAGAAAGUAAGAGUCCUAAAGCUGAGUAUCAGUCACAAAAAAUAUCUAGUAAGCAGGCUUUAGGAGGGCCUGCCAAUUAUAGCAUUAAGUUAUUGAAGAGAAAUGAAAAUUCAGAUGUCUCUGAAGUCCAGAAGGCUGUGCCUGGUUAUCCAAAAGCUAAUGAUAAGCCUAAUGCUGGAAUUGAGAACUUUUUAGCAUGCUUGAGUAUCUCUAAAGAAAAGGAAUUGCCACCAUCUCGUCAUGGAGAGCCUCCAAAUGAAGAGCAUUUGUCACCACAGUCAUUCGCUAUGAAGGGAACACGGAUGCUUAAAGAAAUUCUAAAAAUUGAUGGUUCUGACACUGUGGACCAUAAGAAUGAAAUGAAACAGUAUGGAAAUGAAGCUACUGUUUCUUCAAAUAGAAGAGAGGAAUACGGACUGUCCUCACAGUCUAAACAAAGCAAGAAAUUUGCACCUUAUCUGAGCAAGCCUCACAGUGCCAGUGAGUUCCACAGUAUGCCACCUAUGGACAGUGUGUGCUGGCCCGUGCCCGGCCAGAUCCAUCCUGUGUCCACACCAGUGACUGAACUUGCUCGAGUUUGCGCCCUUGUUGGAAUGCCACAGCCAGAUUUCUCCUUUCUGAGAACAGCUCAGACAAUGACAAUUUGCCAGGUCAAGUUAUCGAAUGGUUUGCUGGUGCAUGGGCCACAGUGCCACUCUGAAAAUGAAGCCAAAGAGAAAGCUGCGCUUUUUGCCUUACAACAGUUGGGCUCCUUAGGAAUGAAUUUUCCUUUGCCUCCACCACUCUUUCCAAAUUGCCCUCCUGCUAUGCCACCUGGAACCAUUCCUCCAGUUUUCCCCCAACAUACUGCUAACAUAAUCCCUUCAUCAUCUCAUCUCUUUGGCGCAAUUCCAUGGGUCCCACCAGUGCCAGUUCCUGGGAAGCCCUUCUAUCAGGCUCCGUAUCCUGGGGCCAUGCCCACGGCUGGGGCAGUAGCAGGUGGUGCGCACAAUCAGUUCAUACCUUUGCAGGUUACCAAAAAGAGAGUUGCAAACAAAAAGAACUUUGAGAAUAAAGAGGCCCAGACUUCUUCUCAAGCCAGCCCAGCCCAGACUAGCAAGCCAGCGUCCUCUGAGGGCGCCAGAGUGGCUGCACAGGACCAUUCCUCGGCCUCUGCGAACUCCUCUCAGGUUGCCAGCGCUGCAGCUUCUUCACAAGGUGAAGCGGCCUCCCAAGGAGCCCAUAACGUGUCUCACCAGAAGGUGGCACCACGCUCUUCUUCAAGAAGAAAGUCAAGGAAACUGGCUGUCAAUUUUGGUGUUGCCAAACCUUCUGAAUAAAUGUGUACUUGAAGCUGGGCCUGGUAGCGCACACCUGUCAUCCCAGCACUUGGGAGGCAGAGGCAGGAGAAUUGCAGGAGUUCGAGGCCACC